AUGACGCGUCUCGCCGUCGCGCGGAAGGCCUCGAGAGAGGCGUACAAGACGCUCUUCGGCGCGCGCGCGGGCGCGAUGCGAGCGAUGAGCGCGGAGGCGGCGCCGAACCCGGACACUGUUCCGGUGACGGUGAACGGACAGGAGGUACACGUCCCGAAGGGUGUCACCGUUCUGUACGCGUGCGAACAGGCCGGAGUAGACGUUCCGAGGUUUUGCUAUCAUCACAAGCUCUCGAUCGCCGGGAACUGUCGGAUGUGCCUGGUGGAGGUUGAGAAGAGUCCGAAACCGGUGGCGUCGUGCGCGAUGCCGGUCAUGCCCGGUAUGAACAUCAAGACCACGACCGAUCUGGUGAAGAAGGCGCGAGAGGGCGUGAUGGAGUUCUUGCUGAUCAAUCACCCGCUGGAUUGCCCGAUCUGUGAUCAAGGGGGCGAGUGCGAGCUGCAGGAUCAGAGCUACAUCUUUGGAAGCGACCGCUCGAGGUUCACCGAGUACAAACGCGCAGUGGAGGAUAAGGAGCUCGGUCCGCUAGUGAAGACGGUGAUGACGCGAUGCAUUCACUGCACGCGAUGCGUUCGGUUCUCGACCGAGAUCGCGGGUGUGCAAGACAUGGGGAUUACCGGUCGCGGUAACCAAGCCGAGGUCGGUACGUACAUCUCCAAGCUCUUGGCCAGUGAACUGAGCGGAAACGUCAUCGACCUCUGUCCAGUCGGUGCACUGACGUCAAAGCCGUUCGCAUUCACCGCGCGCUCGUGGGAACUCGAAGGAACGCCGAGUAUUGACGUCACGGAUGGCUUGGGUAGCAACAUUCGCGUCGACACACGCGGGAACGAAGUGAUGCGUAUCGUCCCGCGCGCGAACGAAGAAGUGAACGAGGAGUGGAUCAGUGACAAGGCGAGAUUCUCCUAUGACGCGCUCAAGCGUCAGAGAUUAGAUAGGCCCAUGGUGAGAGGCAGUGACGGUAAGCUCCAAGAAACGUCUUGGGAGUUUGCCCUUGACUAUGUCGCCGAGAAGCUCAAGGCGACCGAGCCGGACGCCAUCCGCGCCGUGGCGGGUAAACUCUGCGACGCCGAGUCCAUGAUCUCUCUGAAGGAUAUGAUGAACAAACUCGGGGCGUCUCACACCACGCCGGAAGGAAUGGCCAAUGUCUCGGCGGAUGUUCGCUCGUCGUACCUGUUCAACUCCAACUUGGUGGGCGUCGAGGAUGCGGAUUACGUCUUAUUGAUCGGUACUAACCCUCGCACCGAGGCACCGGUGCUCAACGUGCGCCUUCGUCGCGCGGUCAUUGCCGGCGGCGCCACCGUUACGAGUGUCGGUCCGAACGCCGAUUUGUCCUACCCGAGCACGCACCUGGGCGACACCACGGCGACGCUCGAAGAAAUCACGUCGGGUAAGCACGCCGUCUGCGAAGCUAUUAAGGCGGCCAAUAACCCGAUGGUGAUCGUCGGUAGCGAGUUGUUGAGACGUGCGGACUCGAAGAUUUUGUUGAAGAAGAUUCAUGCCAUGUGCGACGAGCUCGGCGUUGUCAAGGGUGACUGGAACGGUUUCAACGUCUUGCACGACGCGGGCGGGACCGUGGGUGCGCUCGACAUCGGUUUCGUGCCGGGUACCUCCGCCUCGAACGACGUUCCGGCGAAGUUAGUCUAUUCCUUGGGCGCCGAGGAGUUCGACGCCCCCGCGGGUGCGUUCAUCGUGUACCAAGGGCAUCACGGCGCCCAAGGCGCGUCUAAAGCCGACGUCAUUUUACCAGGUGCCGCAUACACGGAGAAGACCGGCACGUACGUCAACACGGAAGGUCGCGCGCAGGUGGCGGUCGCUUCUAUGGGACCGGUCGGUCAAGCGAAGGAAGAUUGGCGUAUCUUGCGCGCGUUGAGCGAGUUCGCCGGCGUGCCGCUUCCGUACAACACUCACGAGCAAGUGCACAGGCGCUUGGCUGAAGUCGCCCCUCACUUCGCUAAGUUGAACGAAGUCGAAGCGACUUUGUGGAUGAACGGCGCCACAUACGCUCACGAAAAGGCUAGAAAGGCGGAUGCGUCGAUUCCGUUUAAGAGCUCGGUGGAGAACUUCUUCAUGACGGACGUCAUCUCAAAGACGAGUGCCACGAUGGCAAAGUGCACCGAAGCUCGCAAUGAGAUGAACGCGUGA